AAGUGACUAUAACAAAACCAAAUCCUCAAAAGCAUAUCCUCAACUUAAAGCUCUCAAUAUUAAAUACUAACAAAUCCAUUUUCCAAACAUAUAAAUUCCCUCAUUGUCUCAAGCACAGACUUACCAUCAGUCUUCUCAUCAUCAUCUCAUGGCUCGCCAACUUCACUUCAAACCAGCACCACUGAGCACAUCUCAAGCAGGGCUUGCUGCAGCAUCCCUUCUCUUGUGUGCUUUUGCACUGUUCAUGUGUGCUUCUCAUUCGCGCAAAUGGCGCCAUCACUGGAGGGCUGCCUGCUACGAUUUUCUUGAUGAUGAUCCUGUCAUAGAGCUCAACAAUGAAGUUAUGGUACAGCAUACACAGGAGUAUCAACUCAGAAAUAGGGAUGAAAGUAUUUAUAGCUGCGAACAGCAAGCAGCCCCAGUUUGGCAGAAGAACAUACUCAUGGGAGGGAAGUGCCAGUUGCCCGAUUUUUCUGGUGUCAUCAUAUAUGAUUCUGAAGGAAAUGUUGUUACUCCUCAGAAAACUCCUCGGCCACUACUCACAUGGAAGUAAUGAGACUGACACUGAAACUCUUCAGAAUACAGUAGAGUUGUUUUCCAUUGUAAGAACCUUGUAAGGUUCUAGUGUACUCUGAUCUUUCUGUCAUAAUGAAUGUUGAUACCUUG